GAGCUGGCGGCCCCGGGAUCCCGCGGGACUGGGGCGACUGCGCAUGCUCCGGAGCGGCGCCGGGCCAGUGGCGGAGCGGCUGUGACGAGCCGGCUCCCCGGUUGCGGUGGUUGCGGUUGCUGCGAUGGCGAUGUGAGAAGGGGGCCCCGGGCGGGAUGGUGCUGACCCGGGCAGCGCUGUCUUCUUGCAGUUGGGCGACGAGCUGUUCCGUCCGACAGGCCGGGGAAGAGGCCAGGCGCGGCCGGAGGGUUGAAGAUCAGCUGGAUUAUGUAUUUCCUGCUGGAAUCUCAAAGCAGUCCUCAGAAAGUAAAUUCUUCCUUGUGUUGUCUAUGUCAGGACAAGCGAUAUAUUUUUAACAACGAGAAUCAGUAGCAGUACAAUAUUGGUUACCUGAUAAUGUUAAAAUGAAGUUUUGAUUUGCAGAGGUGCUGCUACCAGACUUGCCUUCAGGGUAUAAAUUAAAAAUGACUGAAGUUCAAGCAAUGGUAGAAUUCUCCGUGGAGCUAAAUAAGUUCUACAAUGUGGAUUUAUUUCAGAGAGGUUUUUACCAGAUUCGUGCAUCUAUGAAAAUUCCACCAAGAAUUCCCCAUAGAGUAGAAGCCAGUUUAUUACAUGGAACAGGUAUAACUUUAGCUUUUCCGGCUUCAGUUCAUGACUCUCUGAUUUGUAGUAAAACAUUUCAAAUUCUGUACAAAAAUGAAGAAGUUGUUUUAAAUGAUGUUAUGAUCUUCAAAGUUAAAAUGCUAUUGGAUGAAAGAAAGAUUGAAGAAACUCUUGAGGAAAUGAAUUUUCUGUUAUCCCUAGAUCUACACUUCACAGAUGGAGAUUAUUCGACAGACGAUCUGAAUGCAUUGCAACUCAUCAGUAGCCGAACACUGAAGCUGCACUUUAGCCUCCACAGAGGCCUUCAUCAUCAUGUUAAUGUUAUAUUUGAUUAUUUCCACCUUUCUGUGGUCUCUGUUACAGUCCAUGCAUCGUUGGUUGCACUACACCAGCCACUAAUAAGCUUUCCUCGUCCUGUGAAGACUACUUGGUUAAACAGAAAUGCACCAGCACAAAACAAAGAUUCUGUGAUUCCUACUCUUGAAAGUGUGGUCUUUGGCAUUAACUACACAAAACAGUUAUCACCCGAUGGUUGCAGCUUCAUCAUUGCAGAUUCCUUCCUGCAUCAUGCCUAUCGUUUUCAUUAUACACUUUGUGCCACCUUGCUGCUGGCCUUCAAGGGAUUGCACAGCUACUUCAUUACGGUAACAGAAGAGAUUCCCUCUUGUCAGAAACUAGAACUGGCCAAGGCCAACAUGCAGGUCCUAUAUGAACGCCUUCUCAGAAGAAAACAUCCUCGAGCCCAGAAAGACACCUGUGUCGAGGAAAUGGAUGUAGAAGCUCGACUUACUGAACUAUGUGAAGAAAUUAAGAAAAUAGAAAAUCCUGAUGAACUGGCAGAACUUAUCAAUAUGAAUCUUGCACAACUUUGCUCACUUCUCAUGGCUUUGUGGGGACAGUUUCUGGAAGUUAUAACACUACAUGAAGAAUUAAGAAUGUUACUAGCACAAGAGCACCAUACAUUGAGAGUACGAAGAUUUUCUGAGGCGUUCUUUUGUUUUGAACAUCCAAGAGAAGCUGCCAUUGCAUACCAGGAACUUCAUGCUCAGAGUCACCUACAGAUGUGCACCGCUAUCAAAAAUACUUCCUUCUGCAGUUCUCUUCCACCCCUACCAAUUGAAUGUAGUGAAUUAGAUGGUGAUCUCAAUUCAUUGCCUAUAAUCUUUGAAGAUAGGUAUUUAGAUUCAGUUAUUGAAGACUUAGAUGCACCUUGGAUGGGAAUUCAGAGUCUUCAGAGAUCAGAAUCCAGUAGAAUGGAUAAAUAUGAAGCUGAAGAAAGCUCUGUAGCAGGACUUUCUAGCCCCGAGUUGAAAAUCAAAUCUGCUGGUGCCUCCAGUAUUUGGUAUACAGAAGGUGAAAAGCAGCUAACAAAACCUCUAAAAGGAAAGAAUGAAGAAUCAAUUAAGUCCAAGGUUAAGGUUACUAAGCUCAUGAAAACAAUGAAACCUGAAAACACCAAAAAGCUAAUAAAACAGAACUCUAAGGAUUCUGUGGUUUUGGUAGCCUACAAGUGUUUGAAAAGUACAGCAUCAAAUGAUCUCACUAAGUGCGUUGAUGGCACUCCUUCACAUAGUCAGAAGGAAGGUUUUGAUCCCACAAUGUGUGGAUAUGAUUUUGACCCAAAAAUGUACACCAGAGAGACAAGUCAAAAGGAAGGUAGCUGUUUGCCAACUAAUACAGAGACAACUGAACAAAAGUCUGCAGACAUUGACAAUAUGCAACCAGACCAGUUUGAUCCCUUGAACUCCGGCAGCCUAAAUCUUUGUGCAAAUUUGUCCAUUUCAGGUAAACUUGCUAUCUCCCAUGACGAUAGUGAAAUUACACAAAUGGAACAUAAUCUGGCAUUCAGAAGUUCAUCAGACCAUUGCCAUGAGCAUCAAACAACUCCAUCUUCAGGAGCUAGAACAACUGAAGUAAAGCCUUGUAAUGAUUCUUUCAGUGGAGAGAAAACAACUGUUGAAACAGGAGGUUGGACAGAACUUCAGCAGGAUGAAAUAUUGGUGGAUAAUUUCCUACGCAACUAUGAAUCCCUAGAAUCUAAUGGUAAAUCUAAAUCUGUAGAAAUAGCAGCUGAAAAAGAACCUUUGCAAGAAGCAAAAUGUCUUUCUAUUGGAGACUCAUUAGCAAAAUUGAGAAGUAAUCUGCCUGCUUCUUCUACAAAGGAGUAUCAUGUGGUGGUCAGUGGAGAUGCAAUUAAGUUACCAGAUAACACCACAUAUGCCUCAUCAAGAUUUUCAGAUUCAGGUGUUGAAAGUGAACCAAGUUCUUUUGCAACACAUCCAAACCUUGAUGUGGUCUCUGAAACUAUACAGGGACAAAGUCCUUACAAUAAUGAAAGAUUAUUUCCUCAGCUUUUAAUGAAACCUGAUUAUAAUGUAAAAUUUUCAUUGGGAAGUCAUUGUACUGAGAGUACAAGUGCUUUAAGUGAAAUACAGUCAUCUUUGACAUCCAUAAACUCGCUACCUUCUGAUGAUGAAUUGUCACCUGAUGAAAAUUCUAAGAAAUCUGUUGUACCAGAAUGCCAUCUAAGUGAUAGCAAAACUGUUUUAAAUCUAGGAACAAUGGAUUUGCCAAAAUGUGAAGGUACUAGAAAAUCGAGUAUUAUUUCGCAACAGCAGAGUGUUGUAUUUUCCGAGCAAUUGGACAAUGAAACUUUAGCAGUACAUUCCUUAAAUUCAAGCACUAAAGACCCUUUACAAUUUGUUUUUUCAGAUAAACAUACUUCCAGUGAUAUGAAAAGUAGUUGCGGCUACAAACCUAACUUGGACACUAGGUGUGAAGGCUCCCAGAGUCCUGAUAAGUCUGAUGACUCUGCAGGGACGGCAGUCUCAUUGAAUCCAAACUUGGUUUGUGUAGGCACUUCUUGUAUUGUUUCAGGUUCUAUUUCUACUAACACAGAAAUUAGUGAAGUUAGAACUGUGGAAAGAAAAACUAGUGACACAUUAAAUCUCAAACAGAUACUUUCAGAAACCUCUGUGGUUGAAAGUGAAACUCACCUGAGUACGAAUGACCCUUUUUCAGCCACUACUGAUAUGGUAAAGCAAGGGCUUGUAGAAAAUUAUUUUGGUUCUCAAAGCAGUACGGGUAUUUCCAAUACAUGUGCCAUUAGCUACAGCCAUUCCGUUAGCCCUCAGAAGGAAGCUUCUGAAAAAAAAAUUAGUAGUCUUCAGCGAGUGCAGGGAAAAGAAGAUGAGGAAGAAGAGCAGGAUCAACAAAUGAUUCAAAAUGGGUAUUAUGAAGAAGCAGAUUAUUCAGCUUUGGAUGGAACAAUCCAUGCCCACUAUGCAAGCGGCGAUGCAGAAGAAGGACUUACAAAGUCUGAGAAAAUAACCAGUGACUAUCUGAGGGAUGGUAUAAAUAUGCCUACCGUCUGCACUUCUGGUUGUUUGUCCUUCCCAUCUGCACCACGUGAGUCUCCUUGUAGUGUUAAAUAUUCCUCUAGAAGUAAACUUGAUGCCAUUACAAAGCAGCCAAGCAGCGCUUCUUACAACUCCACUUCUUCGAUUUCCUGGUAUGAAAAUUCUCCAAAACCUCAAAUACAGGCCUUCCUUCAGGCAAAAGAAGAAUUAAAACAGCUUAAACUCCCUGGGUUCAUGUACAGUGAUGUUCCUGUGCUGGCAUCCUCAGUACCUUAUUUUAGCGUGGAAGAAGAGGAUAGUUCUGAAGAUGGAGUGCAUCUCAUUGUCUGUGUUCAUGGCUUAGAUGGUAACAGUGCAGAUCUCCGAUUAGUAAAAACUUACAUUGAACUUGGACUUCCUGGAGGAAGAAUUGAUUUUCUCAUGUCUGAAAGAAAUCAGAAUGAUACUUUUGCUGAUUUUGAUAGCAUGACUGAUCGACUUUUGGAUGAGAUAAUUCAGUAUAUUCAGAUAUACAGUCUGACAGUCUCAAAAAUAAGCUUUAUUGGACAUUCUUUGGGCAACCUAAUAAUCCGUUCAGUGCUUACAAGACCAAGGUUUAAAUAUUACCUCAACAAACUUCAUACCUUUCUGUCUCUUUCUGGACCUCACCUUGGUACCCUGUAUAACAGCAGUGCUCUUGUUAAUACAGGUCUCUGGUUUAUGCAGAAGUGGAAAAAAUCAGGUUCUCUUUUGCAGCUAACAUGUCGAGAUCACUCAGACCCUCGUCAAACUUUUUUGUAUAAGCUUAGUAAUAAAGCAGGGCUUCAUUAUUUCAAAAAUGUUGUGCUGGUGGGCUCUCUGCAGGAUCGCUAUGUUCCUUACCACUCUGCCCGCAUUGAAAUGUGUAAGACAGCUUUAAAGGACAAGCAGUCAGGGCAGAUAUAUUCAGAAAUGAUUCACAAUUUGCUUCGUCCAGUUCUAAAAAGCAAGGACUGUAAUUUGGUUCGAUACAAUGUCAUCAAUGCAUUGCCCAAUACAGCUGAUUCACUCAUUGGAAGAGCUGCACAUAUAGCUGUUCUGGAUUCAGAAAUAUUUUUGGAGAAAUUCUUCCUGGUUGCUGCCCUCAAAUAUUUCCAAUAGAAUAAACAUAUUAGACACUUGAAAAUUACCUCAUUCAACAAUGAUUCAAAUAAUGUAUUAUAUUAAAAUGUAUAUGCUAAGUUCUAAGAAAUAUUUAUACCUUUUUCUAUGGAAGAUAAUUUAUAUCAUCCAUGUUUAGAGCUUUUUAAACCUCAACUUUACUUUCUAGGUAAUGUGGCUGUGCAAUAUUUUUUUAAUUUUAUCUUUUUACUUUUCUAUUACUUUUUCAUAUAUUUUGUUACCUAAGUUUUUCAGUGAAACUUUAACCCCUUUAAAUGUCUGAUUGUUUAUUAUUGGCUUUCCACAAUCCUUGUAUCAGAUUACAUCAUAUUUGCCAUUGUUGCUAGAAUAGCAUGGGACUUUAAAUUUUCUAAUAUUGGGAUGUUAUUCAGUUAGUUAUAAAUUUUACUUUCAGCAUUUCAUUGUUUUAACUGGAAAUAAAAUUUUGGCUGCUAAACGAUA